AUGGGAAGACACACCAUGUUAGGAUUUGUGUUGCUUUUCUUGUUGUUGUUGGGAAUUGCCCAAUUAGGUUUGUGUGGAAGAUGCAUUGAAUCAGAGAAGCAAGCUCUUCUCAAGUUCAAAGCAUCUAUUUAUGAUGAUCCAUAUAAAAACCUUUCCUCCUGGAAUCCCAAAACCAACUGUUGCCAAUGGGAUGGCAUCGCUUGUCACAAUGUUACUGGUCAUAUUCUCAAACUUGAUCUCAGUUACUAUUCCCUGCAAGCUAUUGGUGUUGAUCCAUCUUUGUUGGAGUUGCAGCAUUUGAUUUAUUUGGAUUUGAGCUUAAACAACUUCAAUGCCAUCUCGAUUCCUGCCUUUCUUGGUUCUAUGGGGAGGCUGAGAUAUCUUUCUAUCUCUGAGUCUAAUUUCACAGGGAAGAUUCCUACCAAUCUUGGUAGAAACCUCACAGCGUUGCAAUUUCUUGAUCUCAGUUGGAAUGGUCUGCUUAUCAAAGACAUGAGUUGGAUCCCUAAACUUCAGUCUUUGCAACACCUCAAUCUUAGUGAAGUCUACCUUGGAGAAGCUCACAACUUGUUCCAGGUACUUCAUAUGCUUCCUUCUUUAUCACAACUCCAAUUAAAAGGAUGUGGACUUGGCAACUUGUCUGCUCCUCUUCCCCCAUUCAAUUUCACAAAUAAUACUAGAGUUCAGGUCUUGAAUCUGGCUCAGAAUGAAAUUGAUGGUCGAAUCCUUGAUAUGUUUCAAAAUUGGACUUUUGUUGAAUACCUUGACCUUUCUCUAAACAAUUUUAGUUCAAUUCCAUCUUGGUUGGGAGAGUUAAGGAGCCUUCACUAUCUAGAUAUCUCCUUGAAUCAAGUCCCGACCACACUAGAAAAUUCUGUCUCACAAAUCUUAAAAAACAUUUGUCAUUUAAAAAGAUUAGAUUUUUAUGAGAGCAAUCUUCAAGGACAAGCAUUUGGUGACUCUGAUUUAUCUGGAUGCAUCAAACAUGAUAUAGAGGAACUGUACUUGAGUGGGAAUGGACUCAAUGGCCAUUUGCCAACUUGGAUAGGGCAUCUUGAAAAGCUAAUAGGCCUUGAUCUUUCAAAUAAUUAUUUUUAUGGCAAUAUUCCUCCCAGUUUUGGUCAACUAGUAAAUCUAGGAAGCCUUGAUCUAUCAAGUAAUUUAUUAAGUGGCUUCAUUCCUCAAAAUCUUGGCCAACUUGUAAAUCUAGGAAGUCUUUAUCUAUCAAAUAAUUCUUUAAGUGGCUUCAUUCCUCAAAAUCUUGGCCAACUUGUAAAUCUAGGAAGUCUUUAUCUAUCAAAUAAUUCUUUAAGUGGCCUCAUUCCUCAAAGUCUUGGUCAACUUUCAAAUCUAGAUCACCUUGAUCUUUCAAGUAAUUCUCUCAUGGGCAACAUUCCUCAAAGUCUUGGUCAACUUUCAAAUCUAGAUCACCUUGAUCUUUCAAGUAAUUCUCUCACGAGCAACAUUCCUCAAAGUCUUGGUCGACUUUCAAAUCUACUUGCCCUCGAUCUUUCAAAUAAUUCUCUCACGAGCAACAUUCCUCAAAGUCUUGGUCAACUUUCAAAUCUAUAUGUCCUCGAUCUUUCAAAUAAUUCUCUCACGAGCAACAUUCCUCAAAGUUUUGGUCAACUUGUAAAUCUAGAAUUUCUUGAUCUCUCAAAUAACUCUUUUACUAGCAACAUCCCUCAAAGCUUUUGUCACCUUGUAAAUCUACGAAGUAUUGAUCUUUCUCGUAACAAUUUAUCUGGUGAAAUUCCAAAUUGUUGGAGAGAUACAAGUAAAUUGACGGAAAUAAAUUUUUCAUUCAACAAAUUAUCGGGUGCCUUCCCUAUCUCAAUCGGCAAGCUUUCUUCAUUGUUCUGGUUGCAUUUGAACAAUAACUAUCUUGAAGGGAAGCUUCCAUUGAAUUUGGAAAAUUUGACAGAAUUGAGAAUUUUAGAUUUGGGUGAGAAUAACAUUUCUGGAAGUAUACCACCAUGGACUAGCAACACUUUUCCUACACUGAACAUUCUGAGGUUGCGAGAUAAUAUGUUGGAUGGUAACAUUUCUUUACAUCUAUGCCAACUCCAAUCAUUGCAGAUUUUGGACCUUGCAAAUAACAACAUAAGUGGCUCAAUACCCAAUUGCAUUGGCAAUCUUACAAGAAUGGCAGUAAAUAACACACAUAUAUGGAAUUCAACCAGAUUGGAAUUUGGCGUAGAAAGUCAAUGGCCUAAUAAACAUAUAUGGAAUUCAGCCAGAUUGGGAUUAAGUCAAUGGCCUGAUCAACAUGUAAAACAAGUUAUAAAAGGAAGAGAGUUUGACAUUACAAGAAUCUUGCAGCUUGAGAUUAACUUUGAUUUGUCAAAUAACAAUUUGGUUGGAUUAAUUCCUCUUGGGUUAUUCUCCCUUGUCAAAUUAAUAAGCUUGAACCUUUCACACAAUCAUUUGAAAGGAGAGAUUCCGGAGAUUAUUGGGGAUAUGAAAUCCCUUGAAUCCUUUGAUAUCUCUUGCAACCAAAUUUCUGGCACAAUUCCAAAGAGCAUGUCUAAGGUAACUACAUUGAGCUAUUUGAACGUGUCAUACAAUAACCUUUCAGGGCCAAUUUUGACUGAAAAUCAAUUCUUGACGUUGAAUGAUCCAUCCAUUUAUGCUGGCAACCCUUAUCUUUGCGGAAUCCCGCUACCAAAUAAGUGUCAAGUUGAUAAUGCUCAUCAAGUUCUUGAAGUUGGAGAAUGUGAAGAUGAAAAUGAUCCAGAAAAAGUGUGGUUUUAUUUUGUGGUAGCAAUUGGGUUUGCUGUUGGCUUUUGGGGUGCUAUUGGGACAUUAGUGUUGAAGAAGAGUUGGAGAUAUGCUUGUUUCCGAAGAGUGGAAGAUGUAGCAGGAGAUAUAUGUGUUUGCUUCAAUAAAAAUAGCAAAGUUAAAGAGGCUGCUCACAAACCAUGUCCAUGGCUAAUCUUUGUAGCCAUGUCUUAUGACCGUUCUGACAACACCUUUUAUUUUUCUCUUCACAUCUGCCUUCUUUUAUUCCCUAACCCUCGUGACUCUCUUUUCCUUUUAACCCGAGCUCCCAGCUUACUCCGUCUCUGCUCGGCUCGAGAAAGUCCGUCGGUGGUCGCGUCUGAGAAGCUCGUCGCUGGUGACCGUGAGCUCCGUCCGGUCAUCAUCGCGAGGUCAGCUGUUGGGGUGAGGUGUCCGUGGCUUGGUGGAUGCCGUUCGUUCAUCACAAGUCGGAGUUGCUCUUACCGUCUGCAACCGACAUCGCCGGCGUCUGCCUCUGCGUUUGAGCCGUGCGUGGAGAUCUUGGCUUCCCAGUGCAAUAUACCGUUGGAUCUACCUCUGGCAGCUUGGAUCUACUGCAGGUUGGCCGGUUAUAUGUCGCUUUUCCGGACUUUGGUUGAUUCAGUUACUUUUAUGUCGAUCAAAGGACGUAGAGAAAUGGAUAAUGACAGGGGAAAAGCGACAUGGGAUCAUUACACGACAAAAAUUCUAAUCGAUGUUUGUGCCGAGCAAAUAGUGCACAAAGAAAGACAAGGAACAUCGUUUACAAGACCUGGUUGGGCGAAAAUUGAAAAGAAUUUUCGGGAAAGGAGCGGGAAAAUGUAUGACAGAAGGCAACUGAAGAACAGAUUUGAUGUAUUGAGAAAAGAUUGGAAGUUGUGGGAAAAACUGAUGUCUGGGGAGACUGGCAUUGGUUAUGAUGCAGCCACAAAUAGGGUGUUGGCCUCUGAUGAGUGGUGGCAACAAAAAUACUGGUAA